AUGCUCAGGCUGACAGAUAUCAGUGCUGGUGGAGGUCUAGGCAGAGCCUAUGCCCUUGCUUUCGCUAGAAGAGGGGCUAAAGUUGUUGUUAAUGAUUUAGGCGUAGCUCUUGCUGGAGAUGCAAACAAAGAAGAAGGCAUCCGCGCUGCCGAUGCUGUGGUAGAAGAAAUUAAAAGUUUCGGAGGAGAGGCAACAGCAAAUUAUGAUGAUGUAUUAAACGGAGAUAAAAUUAUUGAAGCUGCAAUCAAAGCCUUUGGACAAAUCGAUAUUCUGAUUAAUAAUGCAGGCAUAUUAAGAGACUCUUCUUUUGCUAAGCUGACAGAGCAAGACUGGGAUCGGGUUAUGCAGGUGCACCUCAAAGGUGCCUUUCUCUGCACGAAAGCAGCUUGGAGCUUCAUGAUGAAACGCCGAUUCGGCAGAAUCAUCAACACCACCAGCGCCUCCGGCACCCGGAUGACUGCAGACGUUUUGCCGCCUCCGCUUCUGAAAUCUUUGAAGCCCGACUGCGUCGCCCCAGUUGUUCUUUUUCUUUCUUCUAAAGAAUCCAAAGUUACUGGCCAAGUGUUUGAGGUGGGUGCGGGUUGGGUGGCUGCAGUGCGGUGGCAGCGCAGCGCAGGCAAAGUCUUCUCUUCUGCUUUUUCUCUUGAAGAUCUGCAGCGAGACUGGCAUCACGUCGUUGACUUCAAUUCAAAUGUUUCUUAUCCAACCUCCCUCGCAGACUCUCUCGUUAUGGCGUCGCAGCAAAUGUCCACAGGAACAGAGCAGCAGCAGCAACAGCAGCAGCAACAGCCGCAGCAACAGCAGCAGCAGCAGCAGCAGCAGACUGAGCAGCAGAAGGUUGGCG